AUCAUGGGUCUUCCACUUUCUCCAAACAUCUUCAUUCUGCUCCAUCCAUUUUGCUCCAUUACGUUGCCCACCAUACCACUAUAAUUUGGAUUUUACUUGAAUCCUAGUGUCCACCAUUUUCAGCCUACUCCACUACCACAAAUGUUUUGGAUUGUUUUGUCUUUGCUUUGUUAUAAAUAGAAGCACCGUGUAUGUGUGUAAAAUAUCAAGGAAGUGAAAGAAAAAUAAAUAGUGCUUGUGUAGUGUGCCGUGAGGGAAGAGAGAAAUAUAGUGAUGUAUGUAAGCUUUUAGAGUGUUGUGAGAAAGAAAGAGUGAAGUAUUCUAUGUGAGCUUGUAUUUCAAAGUUAGUUAUUAAAAGAGAUAUUUUUCUUAGAUACCAACAACGUUUGCGUCAUUGUCGACUAAACAUCACUUCGUCUCUCAAACAUGUAAAUUUUACUUUACUUGUAACUCUUGAUCUUUUACGCAACUAUUUCACCUCAAAAUCAUUAAGCUGGUUGUUUAAUUUUAGUACUGACAUCUCUCAUCUUGACCUUAAUAGAAUUUAUUUAUCUGAGAAUUUCGAUCGUCAAUGGCUUUCUCAGCUUCAUUCUAUGAAAUAUCUUGACCUUAGUGGAAUUGAUCUUCACGAAGCAACCGACUGCCUUUUGCCUAUGCCUCCUUCAAUAUCAGACCUAUACAUGAGGGAUUGUCAACUAACCAACAUAAGUCCAUCUUUAAAGUAUGUGAAUCUUACUUCAGUUGUCAUUCUUGAUCUUUCUUUAAACAAUUUUAACUUUGAAUUGCCACAUUGGUUGUUUAAUCUCAAUCGUGAUCUGUCUCAUCUUGAUCUUGAAAACAAUAGAUUAUAUGGUGAAAUACCUUCAAGUUUGUUCAAUUACCAAAAUUUGGAAUACCUUGAUCUAUCGGUUAACAUGUUUUUUGGUUUCCUUCCUUUGACUUUGGGAAAUCUCACAUAUUUAGUUUCCCUCAACAUGGGCUAUAAUUCCUUUUCUGGUACAAUAUCUGAGAUGCAUUUUUCCAUACUCCAAAAUUUACAAGAGUUGUACUUGAGCAAGACAAGGUUUACAUUUCAUUUCAAUCCUGAAUGGAUUCCUCCGUUUCAACUUAAAAGUGUUUAUUUGGAUUAUACAAAUCAAGGUCCUCAAUUUCCACCAUGGAUAUAUAUAUUCAAAAGUUACUUUCUAGUUUAUCCAUGUCGAGCUCAAAAUUGUCAUUUGCAGCUGAUUGAAGUUCAAACAUUGAAUUUAUCUUAUAAUCAUUUGACUGGAACAAUACUAAAGACAAUUGGGAGAAUGAAAAAGCUGGAAUCUCUUGAUCUCUCUAAUAAUAAGCUUUUUGGCGAAAUUCAAGAAAACAUGGCUAACUUGUCUUUUUUGAGUUAUUUUAACCUAUCAUUCAACAAUUUUUCUGGACAAAUUCCAAUAGGGACUCAACUUCAAAGUUUUAGUGUAUCAAGCUAUGAUGGGAACCCGGAAAUGAAGACCAAACACUAUUGA